AGAGAGUGCUAACUUAGUUUGCCCUAUAUAUAUUUGGAUGCACACUAACUUAACUCUCAUUAACACACAUAUACUCCUCCAGUACUCCACACAUAUAUCUCAGGAUGCCGUCGUCGACGGUGCGCGUGGUGUCGACGCGCACGGUGAAGCCACCGCCUCGGCCGCGGGAGCGCAUCCCGCUCACCUCGUGGGACGUCGCCAUGCUCUCCGCCAACUACAUCCAGAAGGGCCUCCUCUUCGCGCCGCCGCAUUCCUCCUCCACCGCGCUGCUCUCCACCACCGCCCACGUCGUCGAACACCUCGCCGCCGCCCUCGCCGCCACGCUCCGCGCCUACUACCCCGUCGCCGGCCGCUUCGUCACCGAGAAGCGCCCCGGCGGCGGCGGCUGCUCCGUCUCCAUCGAUUGUGAUGGACAGGGCGUCGAGAUCGUCCACGCCGUCGCCGGCGGCGUCUCGGUCGCCGACGUCGUCCCUCCCGACGCCGACGUCCCGUGCGGUCUUGUCCACUCCUUCUUCCCGCUCCGGGACGCCGUCAACUACGACGGCCACCACCUCCCGCUCUUCGUCGUCCAGGUCACCGAGCUCGACGACGGGGUGUUCGUCGGCUUCGCCUACAACCACGCGCUCUCCGACGGCACGGCGUUCUGGGACAUGGUCAAUGCGUGGGCCGAGAUAGCGCGCGCCAGGCUCACGACGGCGGCGCCGCCGCCGCCGACGUCGCGCCCACCACCGUUGCUCAAGCGGUGGUCGCCCGAGGAGGACGACGACGCCACCGUCGUGCUGCCGUACGCCGACGUGUCCGAGCUGAUCGAGCGGCUCGACACGCCGCCGCUGCGCGAGCGGAUGGUCCACUUCUCACCGGAGUCCCUGGCGGCGCUCAAGGAGCGCGCGCGCCAGGAGCUCCUGGACGCCGGGGACACGGCGGGCGCGGCGGCCAUCACCAAGUUCCAGGCGCUAACCUCGCUGCUAUGGCGGUGCAUCACGCGCGCCAGGUGUUCGUCGCCGGACCAGGAGACGGUGUGCCGCGUGGCCAUCAACAACCGCGGGCGCCUCCGCCCGCCGCUGCCGAGGGAGUACUUCGGGAACAGCGUGUACGCCAUCGGCACGGAGGCGUCGCCGGUGCGCGCGUCGGAGCUCGUGCAGGAGCGCGGGCACGGGUGGGCGGCGGCGGCGGUGGGGCGCGCCGUGGCGGCGCACACGGACGCGGGCAUCCGGGCGCGCGUGGCGGCGUGGGGGGCGAGGCCGACGGUGUACACGGCGAGGUGCUUCGACGCGUCGGGGGUGAUGGUGGGGAGCUCGCCGCGGUUCGACAUGUACGGGUGCGACUUCGGGUGGGGGAAGGCGGUGGCGGCGCGGAGCGGGAAGGCGAACAAGUCCGACGGGAAGGCGUCGCUGUACCCGGCGCGGGACGGCGGAGGCGGCGUCGACGCGGAGGUGGUGCUGGCGCCGGAGCACAUGGCGGCGCUGGAGCUCGACGGCGAGUUCUGGGCCGCCGUCACGCCGGACCACGUGCUGCGUGCGUGCUCGUCAACAAAAGCUUGAAGCCUUGACUUAGGUCAACCGUCGAUCGGUCGAUGCUCGUCAACAAGUGUUUGCUUGCUUGCUUAGUAAUCCAAAAUCAAUAAACAAAGUGAAUCAUAUUGAAAUUUAUAAUUUCCUGGCCAGAGCCAUCCAACAUGGACGGCCAUGAGGCGCUAGUGCGUAUAAAAUGAUGUUUUUUUAUGUUUAGAACACGGCCUGUUCGUUUCUUGUGUAAGGGGAAGAUUAAAUUUUGGAUACUUGUGACACGCUUUUUAAACUGUUAAAUGAUGCAUUUAUACGAAAACUUUCUA